AAGUCUCCCCACACACCGCAUGGCGACACUGCAUGAGUUAGAUGUGUUGUGAGGUGAAAACUGAGAAGAGAAGAUAAUUUCUUUAGAGCUGAUAUUUAGUUUUAAAAAGAACCAAUAUGUCGCAGUUACAAGCGAGGUUCUUCACAGAAGAUCAAAGGUAUAUUGUAGAUGAUGUCCCGUUCUCCAUCCCUGCUGCCUCUGAAGUCCAGGAUCUCAGCAACCUCAUCAACAAACUGCUGGAGGCCAAGAAUGAGUCUCACAGUAACGUGGAGUUUGACUUCCUGGUCAGGGGUCAGUUCCUGCGAACACAACUGGUCACUCACAUGGAGACGGAGGGAAUAUCGACGGAAGAUGUAGUGGAGAUCGAAUACGUGCAGCGGAUCACUGCCCCGGAGCCGGAGGAGUGUAUGAUGCACGAUGAUUGGAUUAGCUCUGUGCACGCAGACAGUGAGUGGAUCUUAACUGGGUCUUAUGACAAGACGGCCAGAAUAUGGUCUUUAGAGGGGAAGGCGGUGAUGACGGUGGCUGGACACUCUGAGGUGGUGAAGGAUGUGGCCUGGGUCAAAAGAGACGGCCUGACGUCUCUGCUCCUGACGGCCUCUCUGGACCAGACGGUGCUGCUGUGGGAGUGGAACUCUGAGAGGAACAAGGUGAAGGCCCGACACUGCUGUCGGGGACACACAGGAAGCGUUGAUGCUAUUUCCACAGACCCCACAGGUUCUAAGUUUUGCAGUGGCUCUUGGGACAAAAUGUUGAAGAUCUGGUCAGCAGUUCCCACAGAUGAGGCGGACGAGGUGGAGGAGCCCGCUGACAGACCCAGGAAGAAACAGAAGACACAGCAGCUCGGCCUGACGAGGACUCCUUUGAUGACUUUGUCUGGGCACAACGAGGCGGUGUCCUCCGUGCUUUGGUGUGACAGUGAGGAGGUGUGCAGCGCAUCCUGGGAUCACACCAUCCGAGUGUGGGACGUGGAAGCUGGAGUCAUGAAGACUACAUUGACAGGCAGUAAAGUGUUCAACUGCAUUUCCUACUCUCCCCUGUGCCGCCGGCUGGCCUCAGGAAGCACCGACAGACACAUCAGACUCUGGGACCCGCGCACCAAAGACGGCGCCUUGGUGCUGUUGUCUCUGACCUCCCAUACUGGCUGGGUCACCGCAGUUAAGUGGGCGCCUUCCCAUGAGCAUCAGCUGGUCUCUGGCUCCCUGGACAAUCUGGUUAAACUCUGGGACACAAGAAGCUGCAAGGCUCCACUGUAUGACCUGGCAGCUCAUGAGGACAAAGUGUUUUGUGUAGACUGGACAGACAGCGGGAUGAUGUUGAGCGGCGGUGCCGAUAACAAGCUCUACACCUACAGAUACUCAGCAGCUCAGACGGAUGCAGGAGCGUAAACAGAGAGCAGCCUGGAACAACAACCCAAACUUUUUGCUUUCUACUUUUGAAUCAUUGUUGUUUUUGGACAUCAUUUCUUAUAAGUUCAUUGUUUUCCUGUUGACCCAGAGUAUAAAUUAAUUUUCUCUCUAAAGAGGUGUCUUGUAUUUCGUUUAAGAUCUCAAUGAACAAUGGAAAUGUUAUGAACAGCUUUGUAUACAGGUUUUUUCUACAAGGAAAAGAAAAAAAUGCCUAUAACCUAAAAUAUGACAUCUGUUUGUAGUCUGCCGCCUUAGUAAAUAGUGAAUAAGAGAGUUUAUUCCCUUA